AUCGAAAAGUUCCCCUUUGUUUCACUUGCAAACCUGCUAAUGGGAAACAGAAAACAUUUAACAGGAAGAUGGGAAAUUAUUACCUAAUCUCUCACGUGCUGACAAAUGACGCAUAUGUUAGAAACAAAGUGGACUUUUUUGUUACUGGAAAAUUUUAAAGUGGGGAUAACAAAAAUAAGCAGCAAAUAUUAUUACUAUGAAUUGGCAGUAUACUAUCCUCGUAAAUAUUUGAUGUCAAUUUGAAUUGGAAAUCUAAAAUAAAAUUUCUACAACAUUUGUGUGUGGCCAUACACAGGAUGCACUGCAGUAAGUCACUUGUUUUACUUUGUGGUACUUUAACAAUCACUGACAAGGUAAACAUGAGCAACAUCAUUGGAUCACUUCCAAGCUCCACUGAGAUGUAUAUUUCUAUUUUUUGCGUUGUUGCUGGUCAAUAUAUUUUACACAACCAUCGUCAGCAUGGGUAGGAAAGGAUCAAGGAAAGUAUCGCACAAUCUCAAACCCAGUUAGAAGCACAAUAAGUGUUGCCUUAUCAGUGUCUCUUUUAUUUUAAGAUCAAAUAAAAAGAAAGUAUAAAUAUUCUAAUUGUUGAUUUCAUUGAGACAGAUGCAGAAUGACUUUAAGGAAGGCAUGACCAGAUAUAUACUUAAGGAGUUAUGUAGCACCAAACUUGAUGUCCGCAUAUAUCUUGAGGAAGUUAUAAACCAGUGUGGCCAGGUACUUCUAAGAAAAGAACCAGUUCAUUCUGAAGGGACCUCAUCUUACAGUUGCAGUUACCAAAGUUGUAAGGCAAAUGAACUCGUGCCAAUAAUUUGCUCGGAAUGUGAUAAACACUUUUGUCUGAGGCAUCGACACCAGUCAGACCAUGACUGUGAAAAGCAACGGGUGUCUAAAUCACACUUGGUUGUCACUCAGCAAUCAAAAAACGAGGCUGUUGCCAAGAAAGCAAUCCCAGUGAAGAAAGGAAGAAAUGGAGCAAAGAAUGAUGCAACAGCUGCAAAAGUUGCACUGAUGAAGCUGAAACUGCAUGCUGUUGGUGACAAGUCCAUUCCACAGAAUGAGCGGCUUUAUUUUCAAGUUGUUUUGCCAAAAGGAAAUAAAGAGAAAAGCAGACCAAUGUUCUUCUGUUCCAAAUGGAGUAUUGGGAAAGUAGUGGAUAAUGCAGCUUCACUGUUGAACCUUAGGAAUGACAACAAUAUUUUGGCAUCCAAGAAAUUGAGACUGUGUCAUAGUGAAUCUGGAAAUGUACUACCAACAGAGAAUACUUUGGAAUGGUGGAUGAAAACUACUAACUGUCCACUGAAAAAUGGUGCAACAGUUAUCCUGGAGUAUUUAGACAAUGAUUGUUUAAUAUUGGGAAACACAAGUUCAUACAUGGAAUGACAAUCAAUAUAGUCAAUAAAACUUAAUUAUUGUAAUAGGAAAGAACUCGCUUCUGCUGAUGUAUACAUUUGAUGUAACAUAACUUUGUCAAAAAUGCUGUUUAAAUAAUAUAUCAUUGUUGUGUGGCCAGGAUUGUGCCUUUUAAUUAAAAAAAAGCCUUAAUCCAUCCAAAACCAUUGUGAACUUUGUUAUGGGUAACUGUACUGAAGUUGAACUGACAUUAUAUGGAGCUGAAAAUGGAUUUUCAAAGACAAUCUCUCAUCUCUAUUUUUGCAAUUUUGGUGUACUUUUUCAGAUCUACUCUAAUUUAGCACCAGUGUUACAGGAUGUUGUAAACUAUUGAUGAUGGUACCCUACCAACAACAGAGAAGUAUAUGUUUAAAUACCAUCACAUUCUAAAACUGACAUCAAUAAAUGUGAUAACUUGUGGUCCAGCACCAGGAUGAUCUUAAGCUGAUAGACAUUUUAAAAAUCAAACUGCUUUACCAAUCUCCUCCAGGGAAGCAAAUCCAUCACUGCUGUGAGAUUCUGAGCUUUCACUGUGUGGUUUAUUAUCAAUGCCCUUGGACCAGGUACAAGAUACAUAAAUAAUGCCUUUGCUCCCAAAACCAGAGAGGAAAUAAAACAAUCUGAGGCAGACACUAACAAGUGUAUAGGGGGAACAAAAUAUGUUGGAAAAAUAUCCAUGCUGUAUUAAUUCUUCCUUUGGCAAAAAGCAAUGUAGUUUAUUAUACAUUGCUCCAGCCUGCUUCAGGUUUUUAUCUCCUGUGUUAAUUUGAAGCAUUAACUCAAUGUACAGUAAGAAACAUUUUAAAGGGGGAUGGAGAGAUGCAGAGAUUUGGGAAGGAACUUUCAAGACAGAGCCAUGGGCAUGAAUACCCAUAGUAAAUAAAAUCAAGGAUGUACAGAGUCUUGAAUUGGAGGAACAUAGAAAUCUUUGGGAGGUUAUAGAACGGGGCAAAGUUACAAAAAUAGAAUUAUUAUUUUAUGACUUGAGAACAAGCACGAAAGAUUUCAACUGUCACAUUACCAGACCAGGAGUCAAGGUAGAUGAGGAAGAGGGGAAUAGAUGAAUGGGACUUGGUGCAAUAAAAACAAAAAAAUGCUGUAAACACUUAGUAGGUCAGGCCACAUGUGCGGAAACAAGGAACGGAGUUAAUGUUUCAGGACAAAGACACUUUGCCAGAACUAGAACCAGAGAAAGCACAAUAGCUUUAAAUUUCAGAGAGGGUGGGGGAGUGAUGGAUGGGACAAAGGGUAAUAGGGUAAGGCCAAGAUUGUGUGAUGAUAAACUGCUGUCGAAAUAAUUAGGGACAUGUCCUAUUGAUCUCUCUGCAACUUAAAACUAACUUUUCUCUCUUUCCUAAUUAUGAUGAAGUGCCUUUGAUUUGAAAAAUUAACUCCACUUCUCUUUCGACAGAUGCAGUCUGACCUGCUGACUGUUCCCAGCAUUUUCUGACUUUAUUUCAAAUUUUUUACAUUUACAGUUUCUUGAAUUUCAAGAUCUGGUGCAGUAAUGUUUUAACUGCAUUUGCCAGAUAUCUACUUACUCCCUGAUGGUAAACAUAACAAAAAUUAAAUAACAAGGUUUUGGAUCUGAUUUUUUUUAAUGGUUUAUAUAUAUUGAGGUAUAUUAAAUACAGUAUUCUUGUUUUUAAUCACAGUUCCAUAUUACCUUUUUAAACAUGAGUGGACAUUUUGUACAAAAAAUAGAAUACCAUCCAUGCUGGAAGUCAAAUCAAAACAGUGUACACUGAAAAUAUUUGCUAAGUCAGACUGCUCUUGUGGAGAGAGAAAGCGAGUUAUUGUUUCAAGAUGGUUAUCUUUCAUCAGAGUUGCUGAAAGUCAUCAACCUGAAGUGUUGAUUCUGUUUCUCCAGAGAUGCUGCAGGAUCUGUUGAGGUCUUAGUUAAAGAUGCAAGAGCCUUUUACAGCUUAUUUUGAAGCCAUUAUUGCCUAUUGGCACAAUAAAAUUGACCCCAUAAACAGAGUUUUAUGUAUUAAUUUCAUUGUUUUGAGUUUAAUUUUUUAAGCCUUUCCAGAUUUGGAAUUAAUUAAACUUGUCUAUUUUGUGUACUAUUCAUGGGUAGGUGUCCGUUGGUAAUGUUCAUUAAUUAUUUGCAUAGGUGUUUAACCAUUCUUUUAUUUGGUGUUUAAGUCUGUAAAGCAUUUCAGUUGACAAAGAAGAAAUUAUUCUCAAGCUCUGAGAAGCCUGAUGAUGGGAAGUUUUAUUGAAAACGAGUAAGAAUACCAAAUUUUUAUUUAUUCAUUAUAUUUUUUUUACCUUUACAUAUUUUGUUCAAUUCCAUUGACUUAGACUUGGACAUUGAACAAAAUAGUAGAGAGUUGGCAAAUGAAGUAGACUGCAAAAAAAUCUUCAAUAAGGCAUAAAAAUUUACAGCAUAGAAGACAGUUUUCAGACUAUUAAGUCUAGCCAGGGAAGAUAGAAUUGAAUAGACUGUUCCCAGGUCCCAGCUUUCAAUC